AUGAGAAAGGUUCUCCACCGUAACCUUCUGAUCCUUUUCGGGAUCACAUUUCCCGGUUUAUAUGCGAUGUUUGCGACGAAUAUUCUCAUGUAUUUGCACGUGUUUCAAAUUUUACCCACAUUAAGCCUUGCUUCCACCGAUCAUCCUUCGCUUCUCGUCAUCGCAUCUUGUUCAAAAUUCACGGUUUUCGUGUGUAGCGGAUUAGCUUUCCUCUUGUUCCCUUUUGAACGUCUCAUGGCUACGGUGUUUGUGGCGAACUACGAGAAGCCAAGAUUCCUUCUCGUUCCUCUAUUCUUCGCAUUAGUUGAAUAUUUGAUAGCAAUUAGUGCUGGGUAUAUAUUUGCUUUUAAAGUGGUUUCAAAUAAUGCGAUAGUAAUCGCAGGAAUGCCCGCCGUUACAUCGGUUGUCUUGGUUGCCCAGCUGGUUCUCUCCUAUAAUAAGAAGCUCGAAAGGGAAAUGGAGAAGAAUUGGCGAAAAACCGGCUACACUUUGGGGAAACGAUUUCAAGUCAAUGAGAAUAUUCACAGUCUGAAAAUAAUCUCUCGUAUCCUUUGGUAUAUGAUGAUUUGUGUCAUCGUAAUGGCUUCACUCUUCAUUUUGUGGACGAAUUUGGAGAUGACGUCAAAAUGGAGGAAUUUGAUUGGAGCAACUCUUGAUCUGUGCAUCACAAUGUUUAUUUUAUCAAUGAUCACCUCGAUUUUUAUGAUCAACAAAAAUUGGUUAAUAAUUUGGCGGCAACAAUGGAAAUUGUUUCUGAAAAAGACCAAAAUUCUUCCCACUGACUCGAAGAAGAAUAUUCCCUUGGUCGAGGCUUACAAGCCUGGUAUUGCAAAAGAACAACAACAAAACGAGCACUUCCGUCAACUCCACUCGCAAUGGAAUCAACGAAGAGCCACUAUUUUGCAUUCGUCAAAGAUGUCUUCCUCAAAAAUGCAAUCGAAAAUCUCAAUUUAUGAAUUAUCGCUCGAGAUGAGAAGACAAAACCUUGCAAUAAAGUUU